AUGCAUGCUCCUGCGUACUGCCCGGUCGUGUUGGGCGCAAAAGCUGAUGACCAAAGAGGUGUGUUUGUGGCGGUAAAGAACACCAUGAUCAUGGACUCCAUGCUCAUUGUCAUGUUGGAUGUUUCCAUGGACAUUGGGCCGGCUGUAGAAGAAGGCAUGGCCAUGGCGGAAGUAGCACCCAUUGCCAUAUCCAUUGACGAUGAUCCUGAGUCCAUGCCGAUGAUUGUGGUGUAUUUUGCACCGAGUCCCGCGUGA